CAAACAAAAUAAGAAGAAGAAACAUUUUCCCGCGAAAACCUAAAAAUUCUCCUGCCACGUUGGCAAUCCUCGUGAACCUCCAUUCCACCAAUCAAAUUCAUUCAAGCUCUGCUAUAUAAACCACCGCAAUCCACUCUUCUCAAACAUUCAAUUGAUCUUAGGCCUCUGCUUCUACCAUUUCCAUCUUUGAACGAAAAUUUAGGGUUAGAGAUUGAAGAUGAGUUCCAUGGGAGGGUCAACGAAAGGAGGGAGGGGAAAGCCAAAGGCAUCGAAGUCCGUGUCGAGGUCACAGAAGGCUGGGCUUCAGUUUCCGGUGGGGAGGAUCGCGAGGUUCUUGAAAGCCGGGAAAUAUGCUGAGCGUGUCGGUGCUGGUGCUCCCGUCUACCUCUCUGCCGUCCUUGAGUACCUCGCUGCUGAGGUUCUAGAGCUUGCUGGAAACGCAGCGAGAGACAACAAAAAGAAUCGGAUAGUUCCAAGACACAUCCAAUUAGCAGUGAGGAACGAUGAGGAGUUGAGCAAGCUUUUGGGUUCGGUUACUAUUGCAAAUGGAGGUGUUUUGCCCAACAUUCACCAGACACUUCUCCCGAAGAAAAUGGGAAAGGGCAAGGGUGAUAUUGGAUCAGCUUCUCAGGAGUUUUAGGCCUUUUCUUAGUCUUUGUUUUGUUGGUUUUUUAAUACAGUUGUAUGAUAUAAAGAUGUUUAGUUUUAGGGUUUUUUUAUUUUGGGCUUUGAACUCCAUAUGUUAUCUCUUGAGCAAAGCAGUUGAGCAUAUUAAGCUACUUAUGUUAAAUUUACCUAGUUCCUUUUUUCCUCUUCUCUCUGAUUGAACUGAGAAUUGAAUCUGGCUUGCUUUGCCCUAAAGCUUUUGUUGUACAAGAAUUGAUUGAUGUAUCAGAAACUAAGAAUUUUGUGUAAAUCUCCUUGUUUUGAGCAAAACUGGACCAAUGUUGGAUUUUGCAGUGUGUACAAUGCAUUGCUCUUGGGCUCCUGCUCAGAUGUGAACGAACGAAACUAGCUAAGAUUGUAAGUUGAAUUAGAGGUUCCGAUCAUAACCUAGUCAUCAUCCAUUUGUACGUGCAAGUACAGAAGAAAGCAUCAUUUUGCGUUCUAAGCCUCUCUUUAGUUGCUCAGGUCCCUCUCCCAAAGGACAGCUGGUUGAGGGACGCCCUCAUUGAUCCUGGGGACUCAACACACCUUCUAGUUUUCCUUCCCAGCUACAUUAUUCUCUAUUGCAUCAAUACAUUGGCCAAUUGAUCUCCCCAAUGUCAUUGCCUCUGCCAGUCUGGGUCUAGUUUCACUAUGGCGGUGCGAGACUGAAACAGUAUUCAGAUACAUAAGGUUGUUGCAAGGGGUUUCUACAAUUUCAGAAAUAGGCUUCUCUUCAAUGUCACAUGGCAGCAAUAUAUGAGUUUUCUUUAGAGUGUAAGUACCACUACUUUGGGAUAGAUACAAGGCCAAAUUUGUUUAUCUUGUGAUGAUUUACAUAUUCUAAGGCGUAAGGUUUUCGGUUGAUUUGAGUAAAUUUGCUUGCCGGCUCCCCAAAGACUCUACUUGGAUGAAUUCAGAUUUAAUGGAAUAGAAACUACAUCUCUUCUAUCACCAGGGGAUGGAACUCUUGGUUCAAUAGAAAGCAACGGGCAGCUUGCUGCUAUCUUAGGAGGUGUUGCAGCAUCGAAUGCUUUAGUUUUAGGCUGCAGCAAAUCCUGUUUAUUUCUUUGGGAUUCUUGCUUCUGUGGACACUGGACUUGGUAAUUUCCUCAUGCUGAUCUAACUUAUUUCUUUCAGGAACUGUCCCCUUCUUGAUAUCGACUUUACAAGUUUAUUCUUAUGAAUUUGUUUCAUUGGCUGAGAAGAGAUUUCUUGCUCAGAAUUCAUUGCUCUAAACAUGGAUCUAUUGGUUGACUUACAAAUAGUAAUGGGGCAAAAGCCACUGUUUUCUGCAAAAUGCUAGUGUUUUGUAUAGGUUUCAAUCAAUGGAGGAGUUGUAGCUCGGUCCUCGACACAAUUGGUCACAUUUUCAGUCAGAAAUACCACAUGAAGAUUAUUCAAGUAAGACCUCUCUCUUUCAUUUUCUACUUUGCUGGAAUAUUGGUCAGUAUGUAGUUCGUGGUCACAAUGUGUAAAUUACUUCCUGUGUAUGUUUGAAUGCUGCUCUCUCUGUCUAGACCACCUAUUAGCUGAUUAGUCUUUCAUAUUGCUGAAAAGGUUAAAACUGAUUUCUAUAGAGACCAACUACUUACCAUAUAAGAUUUAUGUGCAGCGUGAAGCUAGUCAUUUCUUGAUUGCUUACGUGGUGGCCAUUCUUCCCCGAGGAUAUAUGUUAACUAGUUUGGAAACUCUAAAGAAAGAAGGAUCACUCAAUAUUCAAGCAGCAAAAGCUUUAGUUGAUUUUGAGUUUCUUGAAGAAGAAGGUUGUUUUCUUCAAUGUGUUCAUUUAUGUAGCUUUCUCUUAUCUCUGCUAUAUUCCACUCAGGUGCUGCAGCUGCCUCCCAUUCUAUCUUCAGUUUGGGGGAGAUAAGGGUUGCCUUAUCCAAGGCCCUAAAUAAUGACCCUAACCCUACUUUAAAGAAGAAACAAAUGAUAUUCUAGCAGAGCGAAAGGCUCUACCAUACUUCAGUUAAUUGUAUCAUGGCCAUAACCAACUCACAGGUUUAUAAGCUAAUAUAGCCAUAACCAACUCACAGGUUUAUAAUUGGUUAUGCCUUGUAAAAAAUGGCAAGAACUCUUAUGGUAACAAUGUUUCUGGUCCAGACACUGAAGAGAUUCUAAUGCAUAGAACUAGCUGGUGUGGCAACUGAAUUUAUGUUUUACGGAUAUGCAGAGGAAGGCCUUGCAGAUAUAACCAAGGUACAUAAUUCCUUUGCUCAACUUCUAUCAUAAAUCGAAAAUCAAGCUGCAGGAGUUUCUCUACUGAUUGAACUUUCUGGUUAUGGAGCAGUUAGAUGUAUUGCUCAAAGGCUUGGGAUUCACACAGAAGAAAGAA